AUGACUCGGUACUCGCCCAAUUUACAACGCUUCAGUCUAGCUUUGACUGCAACUCAAUGGCUGCCAGAGUUCGCAACGUACCGCUACGGUCUCGACUACUGGAAUGAGAACAGGCCAUAUAUCGGGACCCGACGACACGUACCGCCAGACGCCACGGGCAUCGGUCUGUCCAUGCCGAAUCCUCAGGAUACAGAUGACACAGAUAUCGCCUUUUUCAUGCAGGAUCCCGAGGACGCAGACGACCUGACUUUGUCGCCAGAAGCCCAAAGGGUUGUGGAUGUUUACAGAGGCAAGACCGGGCAGUCCAUGCGACCAGACGAAGCAGAGGAUGAAAAAUGUCCUUACGUCGCUUGGUUGGAUGAACGCGCCUGUGAAAAUGCGGUCUCCAGCUCAAGAAAAUAUCGGGGGCCGCUCACAUCACAUGACCUUGGUCGGGAGUUGCAGAAACCCCGGUAUCGUCAGAGGAAAGGACGCGUGAGACUUCGUUCUGGGGUCGCCGGCGACUCGAAUUCCUCGCUUGGUGGUCCGAUUGAGCCUGAUGCCGAUAGACGACUGAUAUUCAUCACCGAUUUGAACAGCCCAAGCAUUCAUGCACUCAUCAGCACCGCUUCGACAACUCAAGCCUCUGCUCUCCGCGACGCUCUUGCCAAGCACCUUGCCUUCGAACCUUUGAUCGAGGUGAGAAUCGAAACGCAUGGACCGUCGAGGUUCGAACUAUGCUUUCAUUUGCCUGUUCUUCUCUGCAGGGCCUCUGAAACAAUAGAUCACCGAAGGCAUGAAAAUGGGAAGCCUUUGAGGCGUACAUCGGACAUAUCGUUCCUAAAUUUGGAGCCCGGACGUCCUAAAGAGUUCCUGUACGAAGCCGAGGUCUCCUGUGUCAUCGCUGGGCUACACGACCAUAGUUGGAUUGCCUAUUGCUUUGUUGAUACGUACUUCGACAGCAGCAACGAGCGGAGAGAAACUAUCUACGAGUAUCACAAGGACAAAGUCGCCGAGGCUGGGAUGAACAUGGAUCCGCUUACAUAUGGUAAUUGUGACGCCGAAGACCCGAUAUGGGACCCCAGGUUGUAUUUCCUAGAGGUGUGCUUUCAACGCACAGCCCCGACGGUACGGGAAUGGAAGCACCUCGUUGGCAAGGUAGAGGGGAGUUUUAGGAACUAUGAUCAGACCUACCGCUCUACACUGCCCCUUCGAGCGUCCUUCGAUUGGGUGACAAAGUUCAUGUGCCUCUCAGCACAGUUGCAGGAAGUCCUGGUCAAGAUUGUCGACAUGUGCGAUAACUUUUGCUCAACGUACCCUGCUAUCUUCGAGCACGUCCCCCAUGAAUACGAGAAACUGUUGAACAAAAUGCAUGAGUUCAGGACUUUGAAAAGGAGAUUUGGUUUUCUGAGUGAUCGCUGCGCCAAAGAGGCUCACAUUCUUGAGCUGAAGCUCAUUGACGAGGCACUCAGGGAGAGUAGAGGCCAGAGUCAGCUAGCGAUGGACAACAAGCGGUUCUCUUUGGUGAUGUUGCUCUACAUUUCCCCGAUUGCACUGGCUCAAGGCAUUUUCUCGACGGAAAAACCCAUCGUCCCAUUAGUUCGCCCUACGUUUCCAUGGUUUGCAGGGUUGAUUCUAAUAUUCAGUGUUGGAGGGUUCAUCGUGCACACCGCACUGUUCUGGGUUCAGUGGGGAACGUUCCUGCACUUCUUACACGCCUGUGGCCCCGACCUGAUGGUCCUGCCACGGAUCCGCCGACGGAUGCGGAAAUCUCAAGACAUUGAAGGUACGGGCGCCGACAUGCCCGAUGGAGUGGCGCAGUCUGAUGCUCAGAUAGUCAGUUCAUCGGAUACCCAAAACAGCCCCGUCACAUCACCCAAGCUUGGUGUUAUCCAACCACAAUAA